AAACUGGCUUCAGUUCACAGCCUAGCGUCGAGGAAUAAGCCUGACAGGGAAAUCUCUGCCGGGCUUUAAAAUAGAUAGUACACGUGAUCUUCGAAGCAUUCGCAUAAUUUUGUUCAGUUGCAUUUUACUUGUUCGCCGUGUGAGAGGUCUGCUCGAUGGCCGACGUUUUGUCAAGAGCAAACCAACGUUUCCCACUUGACUAGUCUGUCGACAAAUAUCGACCGUCCAUCUGCACGUAAAGAAAAAUGGAAUAUAUUUGGAGUCUUACACGUAACUUUCGCGAGCUGUAUAACGGCAUUAAUGGUGCUACGUUGACGGGUGCCAUCGACAUAGUCAUUGUCCAACAGGAAGAUGGCACUUUUCUCUCGUCACCGUUCCACGUCCGUUUUGGCAAACUCGGAGUACUCCGUAGCCGAGAAAAGGUGGUUGAUAUUGAAAUUAAUGGCAACCCAGUUGACAUUCACAUGAAACUGGGAGAGUCUGGUGAAGCUUUCUUUGUCAGCGAAUCACCAAUUGUCAAUUCAGAUGGGCAGAUUUUUCCUCCACACAUGGCUACAUCACCGAUUCCACCAUCUCUCAUUGAAGAGAACAAGCUGAGAGGAAUCAAUACAGCAGAAUCCAGCCAUGAACACAUGGAAGACACAUUGAUGGGGAAGAGAGAUGAAGGCAUGCUAGCCAAAACAUCAGAUGAUAUUAUUUUAGGAGAGGACUCUUCACAAGGAAAUUUCGAAUCUAUUGGAAUUGAAAAUGCGGAGCGCUCAUUCAAACCGAUCGACCCUGACCAUGAUGCGGAAGCGGAAAGCUUGAUGCCGGAUUUCAUCGAAAUGACGGAAGAGGAUCGAAAGCGGUGGAGAAAGAAGAGUCGUAGACGACGUUCUCAAUUGAAAAAGAAGAUGCAACGAGAGGCCAACAAAACAUCGUCUGAAUCUGGAACGGAGCAUUUUCCGAAUGAAAUGGAAGUGGGACUGGAAGUCUCUCCUGCAAUUGGACCUCAUUUGGCAGAGACGUCACCAGUGAAACCAGGUCAUCGCAAGUCACAUAGUUUAUCGGGAAUUCAGCUCAAGGGUGAUGUGCCACCGCCUGUUGGAAAUCCAGUUGAGGACUGGGUUCGAGGCGGAAUUAUUUCUAGGUCAAUUGGUCAUGAAUUCCAUUUCUUCAGCGACACUGAAAUGGAAAUCAGGAGUCCCGAUGGAUCGCGUCCUCCUACUCCCGUCCACUCCGACACGGAAUAUGAAGUUGGCCACAUGAGGCCUAAAGUAUCAGAAUUGGGUGUUCCAUCCAGAAAUUGUCAUCAGCAGUCAUGGCGCUGGGGUGAAUUGCCUAGUCCACCUGUUCUUAAUCGUCCGUCACCACCCAAGCCCAUUACACGAUCCAGUCGCGAUGUUUCACCCUCAAAUCCAGGCACUGAAGCGGGUGCAGUCGCUACAGUCAAUAACGAGACUUCUGAUGGUACGGAUAAUAAGGCCCGUCAGUCCCAGAGUACGGCAGAAGCGGAAGCCCAACGCUCCAUGUUGAGUCACAUGUUCAGCUUUAUGCGACAGACCAAGAAAAUGCGACACCAAGGUACUACUGCGGGUGGAGGCAUAUACUUGGACGAUUUGAACGUGGACUCCCUUGACCCGGAGUUGGCAGCCCUUUACAUUACGCAAAGUUCUUUCCGUCAUGGACUCCCCGAUCCGGCGGUCGCCAGCCAGUAUCAGAGCGGGAUUUUCACUGACCCACAUCAUUCUUACGUUCACAGAUUGCGUGAUGAAGAAGACACGGAAUCGGGUAAAGGAGCAUCGCUACCCCAAUCGCCGCACAGUUUAUCAACAGCCACUGCAAUGCGCAGUUCAAGAGGUCCACGUUCAAUUGACAGCGACUUUGAAGAUUCCCGUUCGGACUAUCGCUCUUUGCCCGAUGUGGCUCUCUCACUAUGCGGCCACUUUGGCGAUCAGAUAGAUCCGCCUGAUGAGCUGUUCCUUCAAUCUCUAGUCACGUAUGAUGAUUUUAUCGAGAAUCCUCGCCUAAUCGAAAAUCCUGACCUCCUUGUCCGAAUUGGCAACAAAUACUACACGUGGCAAGCCGCAUGCCCCAUUAUUAUGAGCUGGGUUCUCUACCAGCGAUUCUUACCUCAGUCAUCAGUUGAUGCCAUUGUUCACGAGUAUAUGCCCAAACGAAAGGAAAAGAAGACUGAACCAGUUGCAGCCCCUGCCCGCAAAUCAUCGUGGUUCCCUUGGGGAAGACGAAGUGCCACUAAAAAGGAAAGUGGUGAACCGGAAGUUAAUGCCGCAAUUGCCAGCACCACCGUUCAGCCAGAAGCAGCGUCUGCUAUUGGUCCCAGCAGUGCCCCGAAAACAACAGAAUCAGUUGUCAAGAAACAGAAGAGCGAUCGUCAACUAGUCGGGGAUGUUGCAACAACAGGAACAUCGUCUGACAAUGAAAGUAACGAUUCAAAUCAGCCCGAUAGUGGCAAGAAACUUCCAAUGGAAAGACGACCAUAUUACGAGAAUACGGAUGUAUUCUGUAAAACGUUGCGUCUUACGUCCGAACAGAUUAGACAAUUAAAUCUGCGAGAAGGUCCUAAUGAGGCCGUAUUCAGCGUUACAACUGCUUACCAGGGAACGACUAGAUGCAAAUGCCACAUUUAUCUCUGGCGCUACGACGACAAAGUUGUCAUCUCUGAUAUUGAUGGAACUAUUACCAAGUCGGAUGUGCUCGGGCAUAUUCUUCCCAUUGUCGGACAAGAUUGGGCUCAAAGCGGUGUGGCCCAACUGUUCACAAAGAUCAAGAACAACGGGUAUCGUAUCUUGUAUCUGUCAGCUCGCGCAAUCGGCCAAGCACAUAUUACGCGCGAAUAUCUUCGGUCUGUCAAACAAGGAGAUCUCUCUCUACCUGAUGGACCUUUACUACUCAAUCCUACUAGUCUCUUGAGUGCCUUCCAUCGCGAAGUCAUUGAGAAAAAACCUGAGGAAUUCAAGAUUUCCUGUUUGCGUGAUAUCCAAAUGUUAUUUCCAUCGCAUUCGAAUCCUUUCUAUGCUGGAUACGGCAAUCGAGUCAAUGAUGUGUGGGCGUACCGGGCCGUUGGCAUUCCUACUUCCAGGAUCUUCACAAUUAAUCCACGCGGCGAGCUGAAAUUAGAACUUCCACAGGCCGUUCAAUCAUCAUACUCGAAACAGAGUUUCAUCGUUGAUUUGGUGUUUCCUCCGUUUCUUCACGGCACUCGCGAGAUUCUAGAAGGUUCCGAAUACAGCGAGUUCACUUAUUGGCGACAACCUGUUCCUGAUACGCCCGAUGAGGUGGAAGCAGCCAAGUUCAUAACCGCUUACUCUGAUUCGAACAAACAGCGUCGUACAGUGGUGACUAAAAGUGAACACUAGCGCUUUUCGAUCCCCAUGUAAUUUAUGAAAAAUGGUUUUUGGUCGUGGUUAUUCUUUCACUUUUCUUUCCUUCGUCUCGAGUCUUGUUUAUUUCAUGCCUGCGCAUUGUUUAAUUAAGGUGGGAUUAUCCUUUGAAUGGUUCGUCUUGAUGGAGUCUCGCGUCGAAAUAAACACAGCUGCGCUGUUCAUAAACUGUCAAUCUUGUGAUAGUUUCUAAGGAAUUACACCGUAUUUGUUUACCGUAACUCUUGUUGAAGACAAACCGUCUUCUAUGACAUGUUCAAUGCUAUUAAUUUAGCAUCGGGUCACCUUUUCGUGUCAAAAGUUUAUUCAAUUACAGUGUUUGUUUGUUUU